CGCAGCGCCAAGGGAUUAAAGGAAACGGCGUUUAGAUCGAUCUCGCUAUAAUCAUUAACCGAGUGAAUUGAGAGACAACAUGGGGAUGUAGUGUAUUGCCUGAAAUUCCGCUUGGUUGCGUCAAAAGAUCAAGAAUAACGUUGUCUAGCGCUUGAUCAUAAUGCGGAAUGUCUAUUCAGGGGUUCACCGCACCAGAUCCCGAAUUACACUGCACCUACCAAGCAAUGUGGAGUCGCUUAGAAGCCCAACAGCAAUUAAUAAUAGAGGACGCCUAGACCCUGGUCAAGGUGAAGGAUCAUGGCUGUAGGAGUGCCUUGCAGUAAUGGAAAGCCAUCUUCAGCUAUUUAGCCGCCAUAGACAGAGUGCAGAAUAGCUGCCGCUACCGCGCGCAACGAUAAUCAUAAAUAAUGACCAAGGCCCUAGCAGCCCUCAAGUAUUGACCUUCUUUAUGUGUUUGUACGCAGCGCUAUCGACUUUUACACAUUUCCUCCCGUAUGCGCUGGUUGGUAGGACGAUGCAUCUGUCUAGGUUAGACGGGCAAACUUCCAAAAGAGUUCGACCGUCUUUCCUGAACGCGAAGCCCACUUCAGCAAUCAGAGUCAGCCCCGCUGUUGCGAGGAUUUGCGCCCCACCAACGAUUACAUGUGACUCUCUUGUGGAAUAUUGUUGAUGGCCCAUAUUUUCACUUUCACGCCUGAAGACAAUGGUACGAAAAGGCCUCGUGCGAUUUGAAAUCGUCCAGAUUGGGCGGGGGUAUAUUUUCAGGACCCCCGGGUGAACUGCGCCAGCUCCUCAACGAUUGAUUACCUGGUCCCAAUGCUUCUGGUCCUGGAUGAUGUGCCCAAGCCAUGGUGGAGCGAUUGGGUUGCCCUGUACGCGUGCCUUGGACGUUGUGCGGCAUGUAAUGAGACUGCUUCAAUACAAACCCGCACUUCCACAUUGCGAAAGAUGAUAGAGCAUAUGGUGGUUCUGACUAGAGGUCUUGGGGUCGUGCGCCCCGUCGCUUUCUUGCGUCUGCAUACCUUGGAAACCGGCUGUGCUAGCAGGAGAUGGGGUACAGAUCUCAGCUACGCCCGUCAGUAGCGACAGCAGCCGUGGGGUGGGAUGGCCCAUGGUACUGCCGACUUCAUUCUCAAGCAAUGAAAGCCGGGAAAUGUUUUCCACGGCCUGUGAUUUGUUCGUAAGACAAAGUGGCCCUAUGUCUAAUAAUCUUGCAGGCUAAUAAACGUUGGAUGAAAAGCUUGAUACUAC